UUGAACGUACAAAUACUUCUCCCUUAUUGUGUUUGUAAGGUUUUUUUUUUUGCAUAAACGCCUUCUUCUUCAGCAAGAAUCCCUCAAGUGUUUAAUCGAUGCUGUUUCUAAUGAUGUGUUUAUUGUGGACCUCGAGAGAGUUGCGUGUUUGAUGGAGAGCGCGAAACGCCAUGUACGCUUUCCGUCAGGCAGAGUUGGUUGGUAAGCGCUUUUUGUGUGUCCGGGAGAAAAAUACUCUUCGCCCAAACUCUCGAUCAAGGCGCGUGGCAAACCCUUUGGACUAUCAGUGGAAAGUCGGAGUAAUCAGAGUUUGCAGUGAAAAGGAUUUCAAUCAUCCAGAGCUGAAGGUCCUAGUUGAAUAUGACAAUGAAGAAUGGACAACUAGGGAAUGGCUUAAAAUACAUGAUGGGAGCUGGAGGUUGUUCUUGGUGGAACAAACCAUGGUUUGGAGUCAAAGACCAGACCCCUCCAACCCAAAGAGACCUCUUCUAUGGCCGGCUUUGACAUUUGUCCCCCUUGUUGAUAAACAUGGAUUGAGUGAUGAAGAACGGCCUGUUCCAGUGGAGUUUGUGGGGGACCAUGAAAGAGCAUUCUUGAAGAGUGAUGAGUUUCGUCCUUAUGGCCAGGUAUUACUGAAUGUCAAAAAGUGCUUUCAGGAUGAUGAUGCCCUCCACCCAGUUCUAAGAAAUAAUUUGGCUGUAGUACAUGAACUGCAAGGAUGGCAACUUUUGCAGAAGUCUCAGUCAAUUCUUAUGAAAGGGCCGUUCACUUUAACUGGUUUUAGAGUCAAAGUUUACAGGCAAAGCUGCCGCCAGUGGUUUUCAGCUGUAAUAACAGCACAUGACAUUGUUUCCAGGGAAUUAAGUGUAAUGGAUGACACGGUAUUACAGACUCACAGAGUUGAUCCAACACUUGUCCAAGUUAUUCUUCUUGCAAAUGAGGCAGAACUGGACAGUCUGUUGCGAGGGGAGCUAAAUGUAGUGCGAGUUUUGCCAAUGAGACAACAUCGCCACUCACAAGUUGUCAUCACUGCUCCUUUGACUACACAAUCAACAUCUGGUUCUCUUUCUUCAUCAUCCCCAUCGUCAUGGCAGUUGUACUCUGGAUUAGCACAAGACAAUAACACAAACAACCUGGCAAACAUCACAACACCAGUUUACCAAUCAGCUUUAGAUUCCACAAGUGCUAGAUUGAGCACUGCAUGUUCACCCUCUAAUUCACAAGGUAUAAAGCCUGGCAAAGAGAGAAGAAAGUCUACUGAAACAAGAAAUCGGACCCCUACCUCUUGCAAAAUCACCAGGUCAAACUCAAACAGCCCAGUUGCAUCCAUUGAUACUCUUCAACCAGCAUCACAAACACUUCCGUCAUCUUUCACAUCUUCAGUGGCCUCUCCCCUGAUGUCAAACCAUCCAACAGCAUCUCACUCACACCACCAACUCAGCAACAAGACUUCACUGCCAGAUGCAAAUCUUUCUCCUGUAAUGAACUCUAGCUCCUCAAGUUCUGUUGGAUCACCUCCAUCAAGUUUUUCAAAGAAAUCACCUCUUAAACCAAAAAUGUCACCAAAAACAUCACCGCCAUCAGUGUUAUCAUAUAAUUCUUCACCUGCCUCCAAUCAUAGCAUGAGUGCUAUGGGUAGCCCCUUUAGGGGCCAUGCAUUCUGUUCUUCUCCUGAUUUAUCAGCUGUGGCAAGCAUAGCAAGUCCUAUGGCUGGAAUAUCCCACAUGGGUAUUUGUUCACCAGGUCAUGCAGCACAUUCAAGAACACAAGGUCCUCAUCCUCUGUACCAGCAUGCUAUGAGACUUAACAUUUCACCCAAUCAUAUGUAUGCAUUACAGUGUCAACAACAGCAGCAGUUGCCAGCACAAGAACAACCGGAGUUUCUUGCCAAGUUGCGGCAUCAGCACUACCAAAGUCUGCUACAACAGUAUCAGAUGCACUGUUAUCAACUUCAACUGAUGGUACAGCAACAAGAGCUCAUCCAGCAGAUGCCACUCACUGCAGAACAACAGCAUACAUUAGCAGAACACUACAAUCAGCUCCUUUAUCAAUUUCAGUGUGCACAGAUCUUUCAGCAGUUAGCAGCUGUUACUCAAGAGGAGCAGUUGUCCAACUUUCAUCCUGGGGAGGGUGACAUUCAUUCUCUUCCAGAAAGAAUACAGCAGCAGCUGCGAGAGGCACAGCAACAACAGAAACAGUGGUUGCAGGAACUCACACCUCGGCUUGAGCCAAAUCAACUACACACACUUUUCACAUGUUUGCAGCAGAAGAGUAUGACAGCCAAGGAAAUAGAACAGCUUUACACUUUACUGCUACAGCAACAACAGGAGCAAAAGAGACUAACACAUGCACAGAGGGAGAUGCCAGAGUGUGAACAGCAGAAGCAGAAACUACAACAAUGUCAUCAGCAGUAUCAGGAGAAUUUACAGAAAUUUCUUCAGUUACCAAAAUCGUCAUCAUCCACCCAAGUUGUGGAACCCAAGCAGGAACCCAAGCAGGAACCAAAGCAGGAGGCCUCAUGCAGCAGUUCCUCCACUACACGAAAUGCUUCACCAUCAACUCUCUCGCCAUCGCCAAGUUCAUCAACAUAUACCGUGCACCAUUUACCCAGCGUAAAAGAACAAGCUUCUUCUCCUAAUGACAUCGGCGAAGAUAAAUCUGAAAAUGAACCAAGUGCAGGGGCAUCUUCCGAGAGUCCAAAGCCUACCGAAAACAAAAAUGUGGAGGAGAUUGAGUUGACAUCCACUACAGCAACUAUUGAGAAACUAUUGCAAGAUCACUUAAAGGCUGCGGAGAUUAGCAGAAGAGAAUCGUCAACAAAGACAAAGAAAUCUAAAGUUGAAGAGAAGAGGAGUAAGCGACGAAGAAGGUCAACGGAACCUAAGGAUGGUGUUUCGGUUCAAAGAGACAGCGAGAAGGUGAAAAAUUCUCCUUCAGUUUCUACCUCGUCUGUAGGAAAUUCCACGGAUGUCAUUUCGUCAUCAUUAACCGUCGUGAAUUGUCCAAAUUCAUCUUCAAAUAAAUUGACUCCAGAAAAUAGGGAAGAGGUUCUGAAUGAUAAAACUUUUCAUAAAAAUUUAAGUUUUGGUGAGGUGGACAAAAAUCGUGGAAAAGAAGGAAGUGAUAUGAUAGUUACUGUCAAAGAGGGUGAUGAAACUGCUUUUAAGGCCAAAGGGGAGACAUCUGGAUCAGAGAAAGAGAGUAAUGUUGGUAAGAGCAAACCAAAUGUGCUGUCAGGUGAUAAAAGGAAAGGAGCCUUUUAUGAAGGUGCUGCACCAUGGAUCCCAGAUGAGGCAACUCAUGAUGUACCUCAGACAUUAAGUCUAAUUGGCAAUGUAACCGAGUCUAUAGAAGGUUUUACAGGCACUCGGGGGGAUUUGAAUAACGAACCAUCAACGAUCUUAGAUGGAAAAAGCUCAGAGGAAAUGUUUGUAAAUGACAAAACAACUAAGAGUCCCAACAUUACAGCUUUAGCCAGAGAAGAGAUGGUAGCACAAGUGAUAGAGGGCCCCAUUGUCCCUAAAGUCAGUUCCACUAAGAAAGAGGAGAUUCGAGGGAAAACUUUAAGGGUUUCAAAGAAGGGAUUCACAAAGAUUCCGAGUAACGAUUCUUCAAAUGAACAAUCGUCGAGUCUUAGCUGUAAUAGUGCUACCGACAAGAAAGACUUGGAGGGAAUGGGUGUUAAGUGUAUGGAGAUCGAUACCUCUGCUGCGUCACAGAAACCCUCCUUGAGUUCAGAAGUGACACCUUUGCUCACGAAAAACUGUCCCUCGAUUUCGUCUUCAAAUUCUGCUGACCAUUAUGGUGACUUAUUUAGUGGCGACGGACUUAAAACAUAUUUAAAAAAAGCCACUCUUACCAAACGGAAAUUGAGCUCGGAAGAUAACCUUGUAGAGGACAAUUCUACUGUUAAAAAGGUUUUGACGAUGGACAACAAGGAAUCAGGUGAGAUUGGCCGUUUGAAAGAUGUUCCCAACAACAACAAAGCAGAACUUGCGAAAAGAUUAAACAAAAAGCUUACAAAUUCGCAUCUGGAGGAAAAACCUUUACAAAGCCAAGCUCAGCUCAGUUUGUCUUCGUCAGAAAGGACUAAAGCUUCGAGGAAAUACUCAGCUGAUGCAAACAAUGUGCUGGUAAAGAGAUCAAGGCGGGAGGAAAACAUAUCCAAUAACGUUGAUGAUGUUCGACAUAAGACGGGUGAAAAAUUGCUACUCAAAGAUAACAUCACCAAAAGGAAGGAGGAUAAAAAUCAUGUGGAUUCUGUAAGCUUUGUUGCAGAUCAAGUAGUGGAUGAAGUAUCGAUAAACCAUAGUCCGACUGCGAAAGAUGCGCCGGUGGACCAAUUUGGGGCAAUGAAAGUGAACUCUGAAAGACAAAACGACAGAAGUAAAGAGAGAAUCAGGGAGAUCACAAGCAAGAAAAAAGAGUUAAAAGUAAAGGAGGAAAGGAAUAAAGAGAGACAGCAAAGAGGUGUUGGUUUACCUUCUGUUACUGUUAAGCAAUCAGAUACUGCAGACAGUCUUGAGACGGUGGUGGACUCAGUGCUAGAUGAAGAAAUUGCUGUUAUUUACAAGGCGGAUGAAGAACAAGACAACCAAGGUUUGUUUACAACUCCUCAAACUAAUGCUCUAGCAGCGAAAACUGAAGAAAGACCAGUGCGACCUAAAAAAGAGAAAGAGAAGGAAAAAGGGAAAGGAGUAGUCGUCAAGUCUGAAAAGGAAAAAGCACCAGCGAGGGGACGAGGAAGACCGAGAAAAAAGGAAGUUAAGAACAAAGCAGGUGAAAGUGAUUCGACCUCACCGUGCACAGAUCAAUACUUUUUGCAGGACCGAAUUUGUGCCAGUUUACCUGACUUGCCUAAGUGUAGAGAUUGCAGGGAGCACCCCAGUCAGAGGAAUGGAUUGGAUUGCUGUAGAUUUAAUUCGUUCAGAAGGUUGAAAAGGAAGAAAAAUGGCACCAUCUUAUCGGCUGGUUUCCAGCUGCCCGAAGAUGCCGCUGCAGAAGAUUUCUUUCCUUGGGUAGCACAGGACAAAGUCGACAGGCUCGACAAGAAGACUUCUCUUUACAUCUUGUUUAAUAUCGGAGAUCAGUUUUGUUCCGUGAUGCAGGAAGAAAAGAAGGCAAUUACUUGUGUGGAAACAGAUAGUAAACAAGUGACUGUGGCCUACAAACGAGCUGUUCAAGGUGUAAGGGAAAUGUGCGAUGUCUGUGCGACCACUAUUUUCAAUGUACACUGGGUGUGCCACAGGUGUGGGUUCGGUGUGUGCUUGGAUUGCUACAAACUUCGUGUUCAGGAACGAGAAAGGCAGUCUGGCCUUGUCGGGAAGCGAGUGUUUGAAUUCAAGUGGGUUAUGUGCUGUCCGGGAAUUUGCCACCAGCCAAAGUUCUUAUCUGUAGCGCAGAUCAUUCCUAAAACAGUUCUAUCUGACCUUGGUGAUGAACUACACAGAGCGAGGGAAGUUUGGAAGAUUAGCAAAACGUGCCCAUGUAAGUCAAUCGGUGGCGUUAACGUGAACGAUGAUGGUACUACGAUAACUGAACUCUCCAAUGAGGAGCUGACCCAGGAUGACGCUUUCAAAGAAACAAGCAAUACCAUUGUGAAAACGGAAACUUCGUCCAUCUCUUCGAGCCAAACAGCGUGUGCGGGGGACAGCGAGUCCAGUUUUGAGGAUGAUGUCAACUUGAUGUGCGAUGAAAGUUUGGGCAUCGAAUCGCCGGCUGACCACGAGCAGGAGUGGCUUACUGAAGAAAAGCGAAGAAAUCACUUCUACAAGAAGGCCGGGUUUGGUCUAGUCGAAGCCAAGCCACAGAAGGCCAAGAAAGUUUCUUCCGGUUUGAGUUUGUUGAUGGAUUACAGCUCAUCAAGGGAAGUGUCUCCUUGCGACUCGCCUGUCAAAGAUGUAAAACCCACGGCGGGAAUGUUCAACUUUUCGUUGGGUGGUAACGGUGGCAGUUUUUUUGGUCUAGACCUUCUUGCUCUUGCUUGUGAGAGAAAUGGAGGGGAUUUUGAAAUAGAUAGCAGCUUCUGUUUGAACGCUGAGGGUAAGAAUGAAAUGGACAAGCAAGGUGACAACAGGACUACAGAUGUUCCAGGCCCCGUCGCCACAACAUGUGAAUCGACAAGUGCUGAAUAUUCUGAAGAGGUACGAAGCCACGCGGUCGCCCCAGUCCUUGACUCACCCGACGCUGUACCGCAUUCUUGGUUGUGUGAUGGCCGUUUGUUGAGACUCCACGAUCCCAGACAUCCAGGAAACUUGAAAGCAUUCGAGGCUCGGUGGAAGAAGGGCGAGCCUGUUCUUGUCAGUCAAGUUGACAAAUACUUGAACCUGGAUAUUUGGAGUCCAAAAGCAUUUGGCGAGGAGUUUGGUUCUGAAAUAUCUGAUGUAGUGAACUGCAGGAAUGGAGUGGUGGUAGAGCGCUUUAAAGUUGGUGAUUUUUGGCAGGGAUUUGAGAGUAUAAAGGAUCGUCCUUUGGAUAGCAAUGGCGAACCAAUGCUGUUAAAACUCAAGGACUGGCCACCGAAAGAUGACUUCAGUGAAAAGCUGCCGACCCGGUUUGAAGAUCUGAUGAACAAUGUCCCUUUACCAGAAUACACCAGGAGGGAUGGUUCGCGAAACUUAGUCUCGAGGCUACCGGACUUUUUUGUCAAGCCAGAUUUAGGGCCAAAAAUGUACAACGCGUACGGUUCCGCAGCAUGUCCUAAGGAAGGAACAACGAACCUUCAUCUUGAUAUGUCAGACGCUGUCAAUAUCAUGGUGUACGUUGGAGUGCCGAAAGAUGAGGGAGCUGGUGAUAAGGAAAGACAAGAUGCCAUCAGAGCAGUGGACGAAGCAUGUGACGAGUCACAGAGGACACGAGUCCGGAAAGAAACCGCCAGAAUUGGGGCUCUGUGGCACAUCUAUGCAGCGGAAGAUGCAGAUAAGAUCAGGGAUUGCCUCCGCGCGGUGGCCAAGGAACGGAAGAUGAAAUAUUCCGCUCAUCACGACCCCAUACACGAUCAGUGUUUUUACCUGGAUCAUGAAAUCAGGCAGAGACUAAAAGGGGAGUAUGGAGUGGAGGGCUGGGCUAUCUGUCAGUGCCUUGGCGAUUCUGUGUUCAUUCCAGCUGGAGCCCCUCAUCAGGUUCGAAAUCUCUACAGCUGUGUUAAGGUGGCUGAGGACUUUGUUUCUCCUGAGCGUAUUGAUCACUGUUUCCGGAUGACUCAAGAGUUUCGGCACCUGUCAGACAAACACACAAAUCACGAGGAUAAACUCCAG